AUGGUCGUGGAUACAAAUGGAACUUUCAACCACAGCAACAUGAGAUCUUACGCGACAGAGAGAGCGGAAGAGCCUGGCGCAACUAACAUGAUUUCGGAGGCGCUCGUUCCACACUUGCUGAAGAUUGUGCAAGAGGCGGCGGAGGCGGUGUCCCCCACUUCGCAGUGUUCAACUCUGCUGAUGGAGAACAGCACCCGGUGCGGGGAACAAAUUCGGAACUACGACAAGGUGGAGAAAGUAUUUAUUGGAGCGAUCCUCACCACGCUCACGCUGUUUACUAUCUGCGGGAACUUGCUGGUGGUGAUUUCGGUGUGCUUCGUGAAAAAGUUACGGCAGCCGUCCAACUAUCUGAUAGUGUCUCUGGCGGUUGCCGAUCUUUCGAUCGCGCUGGCAGUUAUGCCGUUUGUCAGUAUAACGGACCUUAUUGGGGGGCAAUGGGUUUUUGGCCGAGUCUUCUGUAAUGUUUUUAUUGCCAUGGACGUGAUGUGUUGCACUGCAUCUAUAAUGACGCUGUGCGUAAUUAGCAUAGACAGGUACCUGGGCAUAACCAAGCCUCUGACCUACCCUAUGAGGCAGAAUGGCUGUUGCAUGGCCAAGAUGGUGGUGUCCGUGUGGCUCCUGUCCGCCUCCAUCACCUUGCCCCCCCUCUUCGGCUGGGCCCAGAACGUAAACGACAACAAGGUGUGUCUGAUCAGCCAGGACUUUGGUUACACCAUCUACUCCACCUCAGUGGCGUUCUACAUCCCCGUAUCCGUCAUGCUCAUUAUGUACUACCGCAUCUACCGCGCCGCCAAGCUCAGCGCCGCCAAGCACACCAUCACGGGCUUCCCGCGGGUCGGGGAGGAGGCGCGGGGGGGAGAGGAGGCCAUGGAGGAACAGGAGGAGGAAGAGGACAGCGUGGACUGUGUGUCGGCCGCUCUGAGGCUCCACAGGGAGGUGGAGGAGUGCACGCGAUUCUCCCGGCUCGUGAGGAGCAACCGGAGGAACAUGUCCAUCUUCAAGCGGGAGCAGAAGGCAGCAGCCACCCUGGGGAUCGUGGUAGGAGCCUUCAGUGUCUGCUGGAUGCCUUUCUUCUUACUGUCCACGGCCAGACCCUUCAUCUGCAGGGCGGACUGCCCUAGCUGUGUGCCCUUGUGGGUGGAGAGGACCCUGUUGUGGCUGGGCUAUGCCAACUCCCUCCUCAACCCUUUCAUCUACGCCUUCUUCAACAGGGACCUGAGGACCACCUACAGCAACCUGCUGCGCUGUCGUUAUCGCAACAUCAACCGCAAGCUGUCCGCCGUCGGGAUGCACCAGGCCCUCAAACUGGUUGAAAAGACUCACUCUGUUAUCUAAAUGUGACCAUGGUAUUGUUGUUGUGGUAUUGUGGCAGCUGCUAUCUAACUGAUGUUAUUGUUGUGGUUUUGUGGGAGUUGCCAUCUAACUGGUGUUAUUGUUGUGGUUUUGUGGGAGUUGCCAUCUAACUGGUGUUAUUGUUGUGGUUUUGUGGGAGUUGCCAUCUAAAUGGUGUUAUUGUUGUGGUUUUGUGGGAGUUGCCAUCUAAAUGGUGUUAUUGUUGUGGUUUUGUGGGAGUUGCCCUGUGUUGUGGGUUGGUCCCUGUGUUGUGGGUUGGUCCCUGUGUUGUGGGUUGGUCCCUGUGUUGUGGGUUGGUCCCUGUGUUGUGGGUUGGUCCCUGUGUUGUGGGUUGGUCCCUGUGUUGUGGGUUGGUCCCUGUGUUGUGGGUUGGUGUUGUGGGUUGGUCCCUGUGUUGUGGGUUGGUCCCUGUGUUGUGGGUUGGUCCCUGUGUUGUGGGUUGGUCCCUGUGUUGUGGGUUGGUCCCUGUGUUGUGGGUUGGUGUUGUGGGUUGGUCCCUGUGUUGUGGGUUGGUCCCUGUGUUGUGGGUUGGUCCCUGUGUUGUGGGUUGGUCCCUGUGUUGUGGGUUGGUCCCUGUGUUGUGGGUUGGUCCCUGUGUUGUGGGUUGGUCCCUGUGUUGUGGGUUGGGCCCAUU